GUGAGCAUAAACCGAACUCUCAGCUCCACAAAUUUACUUGCAAUGGCAACAACACUCUCUCACUCCUCACUCUAUCCCCUCCAUUCUCUCUCCUCUUCUUGUUUUUCUUCAACAAUUUGUUCAUCUCUAUGCCCUUUCACUUGCUGUCCUUCUUCAUUUUCUUUCCCAACUCAGUUCUCAACAAAUCUUGAAAUCCCAGUAUUGUCAUCAUGUUAUUCCCAAAUUCAGCAACUAUUCCCAUUCGCAAUAAAGCAUCAUCACCCCAUUUUGCUCUUCGUUGGUGUUGACUCACCCCCUUUGGAUACCCAAACAUUUCUUGCCACUUUCAGUGUUUUAGGUGCCAUUGCUCUCUCCCUCUUUCUUGGCCUCAAGGGAGAUCCAGUUCCUUGUGAUAGGUGUGCUGGAAAUGGUGGUACAAAGUGUGUCUUCUGCAAUGAUGGUAAGAUGACAACUGAAAAAGGAUUAGUUGACUGCAAAGUUUGCAAGGGUGCAGGAUUAGUAUUCUGCAAGAAAUGUGCUGGUUCUGGAUACUCAAAACGGCUAUGACCUAUACUACUCUCUCUCUUUUGUCUUGUAAUUAUUGACGUGUAUUCUGAGGCUAAUUCACUAAUACACGAAAAUUUAAAGCACAAAUAUGAGGCUAUUCUAUUUGUUUAAAUAUUUUGUUUUCAUAUCUUUUCAAAAUGUAUCGCUCUACCCCUACCCCUGCUAUAGCCUGGGAUUGCUUUGUGCACGGGUAAGCCCAAAGUCCUUAUCUUCUCAUCGUGAAGUGAGAAAAUGCAUAUCUUGAUGAUAUUAUGUGUGGGGUCCAUCCUAUAAAUUACGGAAAAUAACUUUCUUUCUUUGAUUGGCAACCAUCUUUUCUUUUGCAUUGUCAAAUAUGGUAGGCUGCAGAAGGAAAAUAUCAAAUUGUUAGGCGGAAAAAAGAAAAAAAUUGCAUUGCAAAUUUUCAACCUAUACUUCAUUCUGAUUGGUUGAAGAGAUAGGUUAUUUCUCCUAUAAAAGGAGAGCUUCGGCUUCUUCAUUUCACCACAAAUAAAGAGAAGCAACACAAUAGUUGCAGAGAGUAUUUCUCAGGCAUUGUGAGAAAUAGACUGUGUAGAGAAAAAUAAAUAGUGAGCGAUAUUAUAGUGAGGUGGGAAUAUCAAAAGAAGGUUAUUUCUUUUGAGUGUUGUAGUGGCCUUUGGAGUAUUUUACUCGGACCUACAAAGUGUAAAAUUUCUUGCUAUAAUGAUAUUAGUUACUCA